GGCGGCCACGCCCCCGGGCUCGGUGCGUCCGCGGGUGGUGGCCCCGCAGGUGCGCGCGGCCGGGGCUGGCGGCGACUCCCUCCACCGGGCCGCCCGGGAGGCUCAUAUAGCGCGGCUGGGUCCCGCGGCGCCGGGAGCGGGGAAGUGAAAGUGCCUUGGAGGACGAGGGCCGGUCCGGCCGUGCGGCCGCCUCACAGGUCCGCGGGCGCUCGGGGCGGGCGAGGCGGGUGGCCUCCUGAACCGAACCGAAUCGGCUCCUCGGGACGCCGUCCUCCCGCCCCUCCUCGCCCGCCGCCCGAGUUUUCUUUCGGUUUCUUCCAAGAUUCCUGGCCGUCCAUCCACGGAGCUCGGGCCCAGUGCGGGGGCGCAGGGCGCGGGAGCUCCUCCUCCCGAGUUUUCCCUGUGGCCAGAGGCUGGCACGGCGCGGGCCGGGUACUGAGCGCACGAUCGGGGCGCAGCGGGGCCGGGGGCUGCAGCUGGCUCGCGCCUCCUCUCCGGCCGCGACCUGGCGUCGACGGCCGCCGUCUCCUCCAGUCCUUGGCGAAAGCCAUUGAGAAACCAGCUGGACGUCAUGCGCCGGAGCCUGUCUGGGAGUCAGAGCGCGGCGGCUCCAUCCCCGCAGACUCCGCGGAGCCCCGACAUGGGACAGGCCUUGGUGCCCGGGGCCCGCGCGCUCCUGCUCCUGCUCCUGCUGGCGUGCCUGCCUCCGCCAGGCAAUGGCAACGAGGGCACCGUCACUGGAAGCUGUCAUUGUAGUAAAAGAAUUUCUUCUGACUCCCCGCCAUCGGCUCAGUUCAUGAAUCGUCUCCGGAAACACCUGAGAGCUUACCAUCACUGUCUACACUACAUCAGGUUCCAGUUGCCUUCCUGGAGCGUGUGUGGGGGCAGUAAGGACCCAUGGGUUCGGGAAUUGAUGAGCUGUCUUGAUCUCAAAGAAUGUGGACAUGCCUACUUGGGGAGUGUGGCCCACCAGGAGCAUUUACCUCCUACCAGCACCCCCAUUUCUCAGGCCUCAGAGGGGGCAUCUUCAGACAUCCGCACCCCUACCCAGAUGCUCCUGUCCAUCUUGCAGUCAACCCAGUGCCCCACCCCCCCAGCAGGAUCACUGUCCUUGGACAAAGAGCUCACUCGUCCCAGUGAAACCACCAUUCCCACUGCGGGCCACAGUCUGGGAGUUGGGCUUGAGGCUGGGGAGAACCAGAAGCAGCUGAAAAACAAUGCUGGUCCCACAGCCGGGACAUCAGCCACAGUGCCGGUCCUGUCCCUCCUGGCCAUCGUCUUCAUCCUCACCGCACUCCUUUCCUAUGUGCUGUGCAAGAGGAGGGGGCAGUCACCGCAGUCCUCUCCAGAUUUGCAGCUUCAUUAUAUACCUGUGGCGUCUGACUCUAAUACCUGAGCCAAGAAUGGAACCUUGUACGGGCUGUACGUUGCCCAGGCUGUUAUGGAACUCCUGAGUCAAGUGAUCCUCCCACCUUGGCCUCCGAAAGUGUGUGGAUUAGAAGAAGCGUGACCUACCAUAUUCAGCCUACACGUAUUUGUUAAUAUCUAACAUAGGACUAACCAGCCACUGCCCUCUCUUAGGCCCCUCAUUUAAAAAUGGUUAUACUAUAAAAUGUGCUUUUCAUACUGGGUGAUAAUAACUUGGACAAAUUCUAUGUGUAUUUUUUGUUUUGUUUUGCUUUGAGACGGAGUCUCGCUCUAUCAUCCAGGCUGGAGUGCAGUGGCACGCUCUCUGCUCACUGCAACCUCCACCUCCCAGGUUCAAGUGAUUCUCCUGCCUCAGCCUCCCGAGUGGGAUUACAGGCAUGCGCCACCACGCCUGGCUAAUUUUUGUAUUUUCAGAAGAGAUAGGGUUUCACCAUGUUGGCCAGGCUGGUCUCAAACUCCUGACUGCAAGUGAUCCGCCUGCCUUGGCCUUCUGAAGUGCUGAGAUUACAGGUGUGAGCCACCGUGCCUGGCCCUAUGUGUGUUUUUUAACUACUAAAAAUUAUCUUUAUAAUGAUGGACUCUUUUUUUUUUUGAGACUGAGUCUUACUCUGUUGCCCAGGCUGGAGUGGAAUGGUGUGAUCUUGGCUCACUGCAACCUCCGCCUCGCGGGUUCAAGCGAUUCUUCUGCCUCAGCCUCCUGAGUAGCUGGGAUUACAGGCGCUCACCACCACACCUGGCUAAUUCUUGUAUUUUUAGUAGAGACAGGGUUUCACCAUGUUGGCCAGACUGGUCUCGAUCUCCUGAUCUGGUGAUCCGCCCACCUCGGCACCCUAAAGUGCUGGGAUUAAAGCUGUGAGCCACUGUACCUGGCCCUAUGUGUGUUUUUUAACUACUAAAAAUUAUUUUUAUAAUGAUGGAGUCUUCUUUAUGGAAACAACUGGCCUCAGGCCCUUGCACCCUUACCAUGAUUCCUGGCUUGUUUGUUCUGCUCAUGGUUCCCCCUCGUCCCAAAUCUCCCCCAGUACACCAGUUGUUCCUCCCCACCUCAGCCCUCUCCUGCGUCCUCCUGUCCCCGCAACGGAGGCCUGGGCUUUCCCACCCUCCCUCCUUAGCAGGCGCUGUGCUGGGACACCACAUGGGCUGGUUUCACUUCCUCAGUCUCUUGCCUACCCCAGUGAGAGUCUGAUCUUGUUUUUAUUGUUAUUGCUUUUAUUAUUAUUGAGACUCUAGUUCUUGUUUUGUCUCUCUGAAUGAAGAAGAAUGUGUCUUCGUUAGGCCAAGUCUGCGGGAAGCCUGGGGCAGCAGCAUGAAGUGUUAGAGGAAGUGGGUUGGGUAUGGGAGUUUCCAUCUCCUCUCUGAGCCUGUCAGGGUGUUUGUGGAGAGCAGAGCAGGAGCACCCUGUUGGAGAGGCCAGGGCAUAGCUGUGGGCAGGCUUGGGCUUCAGUUUUUCUGUGCCCACCAUUUGCCCCUUUGUCCUAGGGUACUGUGACCAGCAGGGCAUGUUGGUGCCCAUACUCCCCACCCUACAUGUUCUCAGGUUCUGUCCCAUGGCGCAGGUGAUGGUCUCCCUCUGAGCUCUGGGUCCACCUCCCUGGCCUAGUUCUCCAGCAUCUGCUCACAGGUUCGAGCCACAUCACUGAGCUUGAGGCGGGCAUAGUCCACUCGCUUCAGAGCCAUCUGACAGUCCUUCCUCGAAGAGUAGCUGGAGCCCUCAUGGGGCUGCCCUGUGGCCACCUACAAGACAGACUAUCAAUGGAGCACCAUCUCCUUUACCCUUACUCCAAGCAGGCAUCAGGUCUCUUGUCUCAUUUCUUACCUGAGUUUGAAUUUGUUAGGCCACCUGGUAGCUGGAUAAAUAAAUCAUUUAACUUAUGUUAA